AUGGAUAGAGAGAAGUUUCGGCAGAAGGCUCUGAAGCAAACUAAGCAGAAGAAAUCCAAGUCGGCUGAAUUUCUGAUGGUUAAAGAAGAUAGAGAGGCUACGGAAGGCAUUGGGAACCCAGCUUUUAACGUGAGCAGCCCGGAUCUCUUAGCACAUCAAACUUCAGACAGGAAAGUUAUUAGACGUGACACGCUGGAUCGUACCCUUGCAGCUCACCAACAAAAAUUCAGGCUGCUGGCCUCUGCUGAACCAAAAGGAAAUGAAUACAGCAGAAAUUACUUUGACCCACUGAUGGAUGAGGAAAUAAACCCAAGGCAGUGUGGGAUGGAGGUCAGCAGAGAGGUUGAUACUAGAAUUCUCAAUGAUCGAUUAAUGAAGCUGUUUGAGGAGAGAGGACAAGGAGAAGCCCAAGAUGGGAGCUGCCAGGAGGAGAUUUUGGAUUCUGAAGAGACAGUGAAUUCCAGAAAGAGACCGGAAUCCCACAAAGAGGGCAGCGAGGCAUCUGAAGGAUAUGUUCAGAAAAAUACAAUUCUGCUUGGAAGUUCUUCUUUGGAACAGGCAAACCUUUUCAUUAUCCCCAUUGUCAAUUUCUCUUCCUUUUAUCUCCCCUCCUCUUGUACCCGCUGCAGAGUGCCAAGUCAACCAUUAAUUGCACAUCGAGAUGUCUGGAAAGAAAACAGGCCAGCCAAGUUCUGUACUCUCACAGACGUAACUCACGAAUCAAAGGCAGCAGCAGCAGGACCUUGCUGGAAGGUUGAGCGCGGCCAGGCGCCUCAGCAUCUUCAAGUACGGAUGAAAUGUGCAAGAGGCCUCAAGAACAAGGCUCCCCGAGGCUCCUACCGCCUCAGGGUGUCCUUGCUUGGUCGACCAGGUGGCUGUGUCUUCCAGUGGCAGCAAACGGAGCAGCUGAAGACCAGAACACACCCAGUGAGGCAUGAUGGAAAUUUUUAUGAUCUGGGGCUCUAUUUCCACGAAAGCCUUUAUGUGGCACUCCCUCCGAAGAAAGAUGUGAAACCUGGCAUGGCGUUCUUGUUUGAACUCUGUCUCCUUCGUGGGAAAUAUGCUUCUUCUGACUGGGUUGUGGGCUGGGCAGCCUUCCCUGUGUGUGAUAACAACUUCGAUGUAGUGGACGGGAAAUUCAAGUGUCCCCUUCUCCGAGGUCAUUAUGACCAGAAAUUCGACAGCUUCAGGAAAAUGGAAGAUUUGAUGUGCCGGGACUUGGACCACUGGCUGUGCAAUCUCUACUUUCAGGUUAUUAAACUUCCUCUGUGUUUGGAUGAUCAAACAACCUAUGAAAGGCAGACUCAGCUUCCUCCCGAAUUUCCAGUUUCUUUAAUGGCUGGAGCAGAGACAGCAGAAUCAGGCGUGGAGAAUACGGCUGGCCUUUCAGAGAAACAAACAGAAGAAAACAUUUGUUCAUCCCUGGAUGAAACAAUAGAAAGUAAUAGAGGAAACAUUUCUAAUAAAUUUGGUCCCUGCCCUACGGACUGUGAUCUCAAUCUCUUAAAAGAAGACCGUGAAUUACACAAGAAGAGAGAAAGCCUGGUAAAUCACUCAGUGAAGGAAAAAUCAGCUGCUUGGAGAACUGGAGAACUUGAGGAUUAUUCAGAGGAUGUAUCUUACUUGGAGGAACUGGAGAAACACAGAUUUUCAGUUUGGUGUUCCUCGGUUGCUGAUGGUUCUGGAUCUAGAGAAUUCUUCAAGCACCUUCAUUUCGGGAUGGUGUCGGCGUUCUCGGAACUUCAAUUCGCUGAGUGGCGAAGCCAGGGCUUCUGGUACAUCAUCCUACUGAUGGCAUCUCUCUGGUUCCUGAGGCUCUACCUCCAUUACCUUAGUCAGUGGCUUUUCCUCCAGGCCAUUUCAAUUCCUGUUACAAAAUUCCAUUUUUCCCCUUUCACGGUUGAGCUUUGCUACCCAUCUUCCUCACUUGCCAUCAAAGAAGAGUUGCCCGUAGUGGUGGUGGGUCCUUUAAUGCUGAAUGCAGUGAUACUUCCUUUGGUGCUGAUCAGAUGGGGCUGUCAGCUAAUGUUUGCCUCCUGCCCUGAUGUCUUGUCAAAAUUAAUCAUUACCAUGGGACUAUGGACAGUUCUAGACCCAUUGGCCGUGUUUAUAGUGGAUACUGUCCUCGGGCGGCUUACACAGAAUGGGGAGACUCCCGUAGCUGACGCAGCAAAGCUGUACUGGGUGUUUGUAAGAACCAUGCAGUCGGGAAUUCUCGGUGUCAUGCUCACAGUGCUAAUUUACAUCCUCCUGUUCAUCAUUUCUUCUUUGAUUUUGUAUUUGUACUGUCUCAGUUUGCUCAUUUGGCAAGCAAUGUAUGUGAAUGAAAAAGAUGAGAGAAGCAACAAAUUUGAGGCAGCACGAAAAGGGCUAGGAACACAUUUCACUCUGUUGAUGGUGUCCUUUGUUGUGUAG